ACACCAUGCUGCUCAUCUGGCUGCUGUUGCUCACCAUUGUGACUCUGAAUUUUUGGUUAAGGCACAAGUACGAUUACUUCAGGAGCCGUGGGAUUCCGCACCUGCCACCCUCCUCUUGGUCACCAAUGGGCAAUUUGGGACAACUUCUAUUUCUGCGCAUUUCUUUUGGCGAUCUCUUUCGGCAGCUCUACGCAGAUCCACGAAAUGGUCAGGCGAAGAUCGUUGGCUUCUUCAUAUUCCAAACGCCGGCGCUUAUGGUUCGGGAUCCGGAGCUAAUCCGCCAGGUGUUGAUUAAGAAUUUCAACAACUUUCUCAACCGGUUCGAAUCGGCGGACGCCGGAGAUCCCAUGGGUGCACUGACGCUACCGCUGGCUAAGUACCAUCACUGGAAGGAGAGUCGGCAAUGCAUGUCCCAGCUCUUCACCAGCGGCCGUAUGCGGGAUGUCAUGUACAGCCAAAUGUUGGAUGUGGCCAGCGACUUGGAGCAGUACCUCAACAGGAAGCUGGGGGAUCGGCUGGAGCGCGUUCUCCCGUUGGGAAGAAUGUGCCAGUUGUACACCACCGACGUGACGGGGAAUCUCUUCUACAGCCUGAAUGUCGGCGGAUUGCGUCGUGGUCGAUCCGAGUUGAUAACAAAAACCAAGGAGCUAUUUAACACCAAUCCCCGCAAGGUUUUGGACUUCAUGAGUGUAUUCUUUCUGCCCAAGUGGACGGGUGUGCUGAAGCCCAAAGUUUUUACCGAAGACUAUGCGCGCUAUAUGAGGCACUUGGUAGAUGAUCAUCACGAGCCCACCAAAGGAGAUCUCAUCAAUCAAUUGCAGCACUUUCAGUUGAGCCGCUCAUCCAACCACUAUUCCCAGCAUCCGGACUUUGUUGCUUCGCAGGCGGGUAUCAUACUGCUGGCCGGAUUUGAAACCUCCUCAGCCCUGAUGGGAUUCACUCUCUAUGAGUUGGCCAAGGCUCCGGAUAUUCAAGAACGACUGAGGAGUGAGCUACGAGAAGCCUUCAUCUCCACUGCUACCCUAAGCUAUGACACACUGAUGACUUUGCCCUAUCUCAAAAUGGUGUGUUUGGAGGCACUGCGUCUCUAUCCGGCUGCUGCUUUCGUCAACAGAGAGUGCACCAGUUCGGCAUCCGAGGGAUUCUCACUGCAACCGCAUGUGGAUUUCAUAGUGCCACCAGGGAUGCCAGCAUACAUCUCAAUACUCGGCCUCCAUCGCGAUGAAAGGUUUUGGCCGGAGCCCUGCGUCUUUGAUCCCGAGAGAUUCGGUCCGGAGCGAUCUAGGCACAUCCACCCGAUGACCUACAUACCCUUUGGAGCAGGUCCACAUGGCUGUAUUGGUAGUCGCCUGGGCGUACUCCAAUUGAAACUGGGCAUAGUGCACAUUUUAAAGCAAUAUUGGGUUGAGACUUGCGAGCGAACAGUAUCGGAGAUUCGCUUUAAUCCAAAGUCCUUCAUGUUGGAGUCUGAGAAUGAGAUAUACCUAAGAUUCUGCAGGAGUAGUUUGUAGAGUUAUAGGCAUCCUAAAACAAUCGGCUGUGAUAUGUAAUCACCUUUGUUCCUAUAAUCUAAAUAGAAUAGAUAAUCUAAAUAGCUCCCUAAAAUUUGAACUUAAAACGAAACUGAAAGUAUUUAUGAUAGUAUAUUUAAGGUUUCCUUACACUCCUGGAUCAAUGAAUCACAAUAGAAAAUU